AUGCGAUUCUCGCUCGCCACAACGUUGCUGGCCCUUUCGGGCGCAGUAGAAGCCGCUUCCUCUUGGGGAUUCAAGGAUGGAUCCGUCACUGUGGCUUCCAAGGCUGCCGCUGAAGUCACUCACAAGCUUUCAUCCGACUCGCGAAUCAAGACACCGGUCGAAUUCGGUCACGCCGACCUGCUCAAGGUCUCUGUCACAACACAAGAAGGUUCCAAGGCUAAGCGCCCUCACCAAGCUUUCCUUGUUCUUAGAGAGUCCUCUGGACUAGAGGUUCCGUUCCCCUUGACUGUCAAGGAGACGGGCAAGGGCACCGUCAAGAUUGGUCACCGCGAUCUCCCCGUUCAGUUUGUCGACAGCAAGGAGCCCAUCCAGGCCAGCCUUGUUCUUGGCUCUUUCGGAUCUACCAAGCCCAGCGUCUCUGCCCUAUUCGAUAUUACUAUCCAGCGCGACCCCAAGGCUGCCGCAUCGACCUACAAGGCCCCCAUCCGCUACGGAAAGCUUGCCGAGAUUCACCACAUCUUCCGCGCCGAUCCUACCAACCCUCCCAAGAUUGUGUCGAUUGUCUUUUCGUUGGCUGUUAUUGCCUCUGUGCCCGCCCUCUUCAUUGCUUGGCUCGUCCUGGGCGGCAACGUCGACCACAUUGGCAAGGCCAUGGCUACCGCCCCCAUCUCUCACGCGCUCUUCUUCGGCUCGAUUGUCGCGAUGGAGGGUGUAUUCUUCCUAUACUACAGCAGCUGGAACCUCUUCCAGACGCUCCCUGUUAUUGGCAUCGUCGGUGUUGUUGCUUUCUUGAGCGGCAACAGCGCCUUGUCUGAGGUGCAGGGCAGACGUCUUGCUGGUGAGCGAUAA